GUAAUAUCCAACGGGGCAGCCCCCCGUCACAUAAACAAUUGAAUUUCACCGCCGCGUUGUUGAUUCCGUUGCUGCGUUCGACUUUGGACAAGAUCAACACCUCGACUUCGAGCCGGCCACCGAACACAUCACCGGCCAGCUGCUUCAGUCGGAGGCUCGCUUAUACCCACCUCACUCAUUUCCGACUCUCUCACAACCGACUCACUUGCUCCAUCAAUAUUCGUCCAACACCACAGUUUUACGGGAUCGGCAACUGCAAAAUUCACCACCAUGGACAUCCUGCUCUCUCUCCCGAUCGUCUCCUACUUCCUUGCUCCUUCAGUAACAUCCUGGACAACCUCCCUCAACCUCCUCUUCUUCUACAUGACCUGGACGACCCUCGUCCUCUCCCACGGGCCCCUCAAGGUCCAACUUCUCGGCACCCUCGCCAUCCGCCUCGCCCUCUGGCUCCUCCCUUCCCUCGCCUUCCUCCUUUUCGACACCCUCAUCCCCUCCAUCGCGGAAUCCAUCAAGACCGCCGGCGCUUCCGCCAUCCCGCCCGCCCACGGCCCGACUCUCCUCAGGACCCUUCUCCUGGCCCUCUUCAACCUCGCUCUGUCCGCCGGUGUCGAGGGCGGCGUGAGUUUCGCCUACGCCUCCUGCUUCCACAAGCCACUCUUCCGCGCCUCCACCGCCCUGCCCCUGCCCUUCCAGCUCAUGAAGCACAUCGCGUUCCUCAUCGCCGCCCGUGAGGUCCUGACCUACUACAUCCACAUGCGCGUCCUCCACGCCCGCGCCGGCGGCCGUCUCUCGCGCUUCUCGCCAGCUCGUAUCGGCAGGCUCCACGACUCGUACGCCCACGCCCGCGACGCGCCGCCCUUCUCGUUGAUGCUCUUCGCCGACCACCCGCUCCCCUUCCUCCUGCACCGCGUUGUGCCAGGCUUCCUCCCGGCACUGGUCCUGCGACCGCACCUGUUGACGUACUUCCUGUUCGUCGGGCUCUGCACUGUCGAGGAGACAAUGGCCAUGUCCGGAUACAGCGUCAUCCCGGGGAUUGUGAUAGGCGGCAUCUCACGGCGGACGGCGAUCCACUACGCCGGCGGGGGACGCGGGAACUACGGCGCGUGGGGCGUGCUGGACUGGGCGCAUGGGACGAGCCGGGGACAGGACGUCGUCGACGACAUGCGCGCUGAGGCGGAGAAGCACCGCGUUAAAGAGAGGAGCGAGAAAGCCGCUAGCAGUGGGGCUGGUUUCGUGCAGACUGGGAUUCAGGAGUUCAGGAAGGAUCGAGGCCGUAAAGCGAAAAAGAGUGGUUGAACC